CUGGUCCCGCCCCCUGAGUUUCUGGGCCACAGGUCAGUUUGUUUGAACAAAACAUCCUCAGACUCGCUCCUCUCCUGCAGAGUCAACACAGAACCUAUAAAUCAGCAGACAUGGCUGAUCUAAUGGAAAAUGAGGUAUUUAAGGCUUUCACCACCUAUGCUGCCAUCAUCAUUCUGAAGAUGAUGCUGAUGGGGCCCUUGACUGGAUACUACCGCAUGACCAGAGGGGCUUUCUCUAAUGAAGAAGACGUGAGCAGAAAGUCUGCAGAGGAUAAGAAGAAGCUGCUGAGAACCCAUCCAGAAGUGGAGCGUGUUCGAAGGUCUCACCAGAACGACCUGGAGAACAUCGUUCCCUUCGUGGUGAUCGGCCUCCUCUACUCCCUGACUGCACCUGAGCUCUCAGCUGCCCUGCUUCACUUCCGCAUCUUCGCCGGCGCGCGGAUCUUCCACACCGUCGCCUACGUCGGCGCUCUGCCUCAGCCCAGCAGGGGUCUGUCCUGGAUACUGGGCAUGCUGGUCACCUUCUCCAUGGCUUACAGGGUGCUCAGCACAGUUCUCCUCCUGUAGACGUGACACUGGACCAACAGAUCUUCACCCCCGCUACAGAUUAAACCUGAAUCUAUUUUCUUUCA